AAUAGUUUUGCAUUAAUUAUAACUACAAAAAAAAGCUUCAUUCAUCAUGGCCUGCUUUCCACGUUUCAAAUUUCAUCAUCGCCAAAAGAAUAGUUUUACACCGGAAAAGGAUGAGAAUAAGGAUACAGUGCUGAAUAAUCAAGAGAGUACAGUGCAAAUUGGCCGCUACAUACGUCGAGAUGAAUCUUUAUUUUUUACCCCCAAAGCCAGUGAACGUUUAAAACCAGCUGCCCCAAGACAAAGUAUCUUAACAAGUCAUCUAAAUAACAAUAACAACACCAAUGAUCUUAACAAAACAGAAAUAGCAAAAGCAACAGCAACCACGCCACCCAUUUUGGCCAAUGGUGUAAAUAAGAGUAAUAAAAAAUUCAUUACCAAAAAGCCACGUUCCAUAAACAAUGGCCAAUUAAAUACGAAUGGUUUAGCAAAUGGCACAGCAGCGGCCAAUGCCAAACACCACCAUCAUCCUCAACAAAAUUCGCUAAAACAAGGCAAAUUGAAACCGGUCAAAGAGCGUCGACCCACAGCUUUGCCCAGCGAACAGCCCAUAAUUGAGGGCAACUCUGAGCCCAAUAAUAACAAUAAUAAUAAUAAUGACAACAAGGCGAAAUUUUUCAUAGGCACCCAUGACGAACAGGAUGAUGAUAAUACUGAGGGAGAGGGGGAAGAUGCUGCAGAUGAGGGCGAACUUUUGGUGGUGGAUUUCUUAGACCAGGAUGGUAGAUUUUCCUCGCCCAAUACUUCAUUAAAUUCAAAAACUUUUGAUAUUUUUAAUGCCAAAUUGCGCAACAGUAAGUUACCCAGCAAUACCAGUAAUAAACUGAGUAAAUUUACCCGCACACCCACCAACAACUCAAUUUUGUCACAACACGAAGUGAUAUUGGAAAAAGAGGUGGUGAACAUACCAACACCACCACCCUUGCCGCCACAGCCCCUGGUAAUGGCCCACUCACCCUCGAUAUUGUCCCUUAAGAAUUCCAGAAGUAAACGUAGUUCAAGUGACACCACUAGCUUACAGCAGCAGUGUGCCGCCAGCCCCUCCACACCCACCAUACAAGAAGAUGUGACUAGCAGAAAUUUAACGGAAACGGAAGUGCAUAAAGCAUCAACAGCAACAGCAACAUCAGCAUCACUAACAGCAUCAACGCAUAACGGAUGUGCUAAAUCUCGUAAAUCUGCCAAACUAACUUUCGAAGAAGUACUUAAACAUCAAAUUGAUGAUUUAACAUCACAAACAGAUGCAAAUGCAACAACUACAAAAUCAGCGACAAGUGAUUCUACAGCCAGAGAUUCUGGUGUUCAAAUUGAGGAAUCCACUCCUUCUCCCAAAGAAAGCGACAGUAGUGAAGAUUCCCCCAAGUCGCAUCGUUUGGAGGGUGGUUUGAUAUUUACCCGUGCUAAUUUGCCCAUUAAAAAGGAUGUUGAAAUUGAAUACAUCGAAAAAGAUGAAAAAUCCCGCAAUCUCAUACGUACCGCCAUAGAGAAAAAUGAUUUUCUCAACAACUAUAUGGAUAAAGAACGCAAAGACAUGGUGAUAGAUGCCAUGGAACUGGUGCACUUUAAACAGAAUAGUUUUAUUAUCAAUGAAAACGAUGAAGGCUCGGAAAUCUAUGUUUCCGAGGAGGGUGAUUUUGAUGUUAUUAAACAGGGCAAAUUGAUAGGUAGUUUUGGACCCUGCACAGUUUUCGGGGAACUGGCUAUUUUGUAUAAUGCUAAGCGUUUUGCAUCGAUUAGGGCGGCUACAAAUGCCAGUGUUUGGAAAAUUGAUCGUGAUAAGUUCCGCAAGAUCAUGGUUAUAUCGGGCUCUAAGGAGCGGGAAGAGAAUUUGAAUUUCUUGAGAUCGGCACCGUUCUUAAACGAUUUGGGAGAGGAUGUGCUGGGUAAAGUGGUGGAUUUGUUGCAGAGGAAAUUCUUUGAGACUAAUACUUGCAUAGUGAAAGAGGGAGACAUAGGCAAUGAAUUCUUUAUUAUACGAGGAGGCACAGUGACCAUUAAGAAACUGGUGGAAAAUGGUGAAGAAAGAGUGGUGGAUCGCCGGAAACGGGGAGACUAUUUUGGUGAGCAGGCUUUACUCAAUGCAGAUUGUAGGCAGGCCAGUGUAUAUGCAGAUGCUCCUGGAACCGAAGUGUUAAAACUAGACAGAGAAGCUUUUAUCAGCUACUUGGGCACCAUACCUCAACUGCGCGAAUUGCCCACAGAAAACUGUGAAACCCGCAGCAGUGACGGCAAUCGCAAAUCUGAAUUUGAUAAUGAAUAUGCCAAUGUGGAAUUAACGGACCUAAAGAAAAUUGCUACAUUGGGCUCGGGUGCCUUUGGCAAGGUCGAUUUGGUGUCUUAUGAUAGUAAAACAUUUGCCUUGAAGAUAAUUAAGAAAAUUGAUAUUGUUAAGCAGGAUCAGAUUGAACAUGUGUACAGUGAAAAGCAUGUGAUGAUGAAGUGUCGCAGUUCGCCAUUUAUAAUAGAAUUAUUUAAAACUUUCCGCAAUGAGAAAUUUGUGUAUUUCCUGAUGGAGGCCUGCAUGGGUGGCGAUGUUUGGACUGUAAUGUCUCAGAGACGAUUUUUCGAUGAAAAGACUGCUCGUUUUAUAGCUGGCUGUGUGGUGGAAGCUUUUGACUUUCUGCACUCGCAUAAUAUUAUUUACAGAGACUUGAAGCCGGAGAAUUUAAUGUUGACCACCGAUGGUUAUUGUAAAUUGGUUGAUUUUGGCUUUGCCAAACACAUACCGACCAAUCAAAAAACCCAUACAUUUGCCGGCACCCCCGAAUAUGUGGCACCCGAAAUUAUCCUAGACAGAGGCCACGAUCGUUCCGUGGACUAUUGGGCCUUGGGUAUUUUAGUAUUUGAAUUGUUGGUGGGUAAAACUCCGUUCCGUGGACAAAAUCAAAUAAAAAUUUAUCAACAAAUCCUGGGUGGCAUAGAUGUAGUGCAAAUGCCCUCGAAAAUACCCAAAUCUGCUCAGGGACUCAUAAAAGCUUUGUGCAAACAAUUGCCCGCCGAAAGGCUGGGCUAUCAGAGGAAGGGUAUAUUGGAUAUAAAAAGGCAUAGCUGGUUCGACAACUUGGACUGGCAAAAGCUGCGCAGCAAACAGCUGCCCUCACCCAUUAAACGACCCAUUACCAGUAACACUGAUUUGCAAUACUUUGGUCCUUCGGGCGUGGAAAACGAUUCGGAUCCUCCCCCAGAGACCAGUGGUUGGGAUAUUAACUUUUAAUUUAGUUUUAGUUUUAAUUUUAUUUUAACGAUUUACUUA